UGAAACGAUAACGAUUUUAGGUUUUGUUUCUAACAUUGCUUUUUUGGUAAUGUUCGGAAUGUUCGCAGCUGAUUGGUUUAUAUACACAGCCACAGCUAUUGGAGUAAUUCGAAUUUUACCAAAUCCUCUAUUGAAAUCAUUUUUGUCCAGGAUGGUUUUAAGAGACAAACAAGGAACCCUUUUCUCUAAUAUAUACCUUAUAGAAGCAACAUGCAGGCUUGGUGGUGUAACAGUAUUUAACAACAUAUACCAUCAAACACGACCAAUAUUCAAAGGAAUGGUUUUCAUUAUUAUGGCCAGUUUUAGUACGUGUGCUGUAGUUCUUUUCAUAUGCACACAGCGUACCAGAACUCAGACAGAACAACAGGAAAUUGUAGUUGAUGAACCAACAGUACAAAACCAAAAAGAUGUCAAAGAAUCCCAAAACAAUGAAUAUAUAACAACGUAAUGGGGCUAUUGACAUUGAGAUAUAUUUGUAAUUAAUAAAGCAGACAAGGGUUACUUGCGUUAAAUAUACAGUCAAAUCUGCUUUAGAUACCACAUGUAUUGAGCAAAAAAACUGUGAAACUUUUUUGCU